CCAAUUCGAAAAGUUAAAAGUCUAGUGGCAUCCAAGCCCCGUCAAAACUAAACUAGGAGAAUAAAAAUCACCCGGCCGAUGGUAACGGGGCCCAUUCUAGUUUUCAUCUGAAACGAAGAAGCGGGUGAAGAGAAAGAAGAGCAAGGUGGACCGGACCAAGAGAGGGAAAGAAAAGAAUGCUGCAUCACCAAAUCGUGCAAUCGCCGGCGAGGCUUGGCCUCACAAACCCUAAUUCGCCGUCACUACAGAAUCCUACUCCGCCCAAAUUCCCCUCCUCCUCCUCCUCCGUUGCAUCCCAAUCCCACCACCACCCAUCUUCUUCAAAUGCCCCCUCCGCCGCCACGAAGACCUCCUCUUCCGCUCUCCUCUCUCUCCUCCCUCCUCUCCCCAGAGCUCAAUCUCUGCUCCUUCAGAUGGCCUCUUUAGUCUCCAAGCUCUUCGAUGUCUCUCCCAAUCGCUCUCACUGGCUCACCGCCUUCCGCGGCACCUUCCCGACGUUCCUGGCCUCGCAGUCGCACUCCACGCCUCCGCCUCCGCUCGAAUCCGCCCCUUCCUCCGUCAACGAGAUCCUUACGCUCUUCAAUUCUCUCCAGGCUCAGCUUUUUGAAGCCGUCGUUGAGCUCCAGCAAAUCCUCGACCUACAAGAUGCGAAGCAGAGGCUUGCCAGGGAGAUCAAAUCGCGGGAUUCUCAGCUUCUCAGCUUCGCGAAUAAGCUCCGGGAAGCGGAGCGAGUUCUCGACAUUCUAGUCGAUGAUUACGCAGACUACCGCCGCACCAAGAGGGCCAAGCUGCCGGAGAACGGGGAGGAAAACGAGGCAGGUAAUACAACUGUUGCAUCUCAGCUCAAAUUGACCGAUAUCUUGUCCUACGCUCACCGCAUCAGCUACACGACGUUCGCGCCGCCGGAAUUCGGCGCUGGUCAGGCACCGCUCCGUGGGGCUUUACCGCCUGCUCCACAGGACGAGCAGAUGCGUGCUUCUCAGCUGUAUAAUUUUGCCGACCUUGACGUCGGCCUACCGAAAGCUGAAGUUAAGGAGAAGGCUGUGGAGGCGAUCAUCGAGCCUCCUCCCCCACCUCCGCCAGCGCAGACGGAUUUCGCCAAUCUGGCUGGGUUGCUCACAGUUCCAUCAGGAUGGAAGCCAGGGAUGGCUGUGGAGUUGCCUAAAGAUUUGCCUCUGCCGCCACCAGGAUGGAAGCGUGGGGACCCAUUGCCGCCAUUGGAUUCUAUUCAUAUGCCAAGGAUACUGGAACAACAUGUGGGUCCUGCUCGAGGGCUGCCUAAACAGCCUGAGACCAUACAAGUUAAACAUGUCCAGAUUGAUAUUGAGGAUCAUGAUGAGGAUAGCAGUGAUUACACCAGCAGCGAGGAAGGCAGCUCUGAUGAUGACGAUUGAGGGAGACAUGCGUUUUUGAAAAGUGAUAGAGUGCCUUUGUGAUGCUGAAAGAUGAAGGUUAGCAUAGCACUCUUUUUAUUGACAGUGAAAAAUUUAUGCUUGUGAUAUUGCAGUCAGUGUUAACAUGUGGUGAGGUGCUGCAAGUUUUGCAUUCUGGUUAGUAAUAUAAUGUAAUAACUGUUAAGCUGAAAUCCUGAAUCCCGAUGUUUAGUGUUGUAUAUGUUGUAGUGUAGUUUGUUGAACUGCUUUAGCCAGUGGUAGUGGUCGAGAAUGGAAGACGUUGAGUGGAUGACACUGCUUUGCUUCCCCGCUGGCAACUAGUAGGGAGGUUGAUCUCCUAGAACAGACUUAGACCUGUGGGUGUUUAGGAGAAAGUAGUAGGGUGUUACCAAAUUCAGUUGUUCUGUUUUUCCAGUUUCACCAAAAUAUAAAGAAUAAACCUUUGUCGAUAUUCAAAUUUUGAUACCGUGAGUGUGCUACUAAAAGCACCGUAUCUGACAAUGAUAAUGGAGGCAAUUGAGCAGAGAAUAUGGUGGUGUCUGAUUCUGUUGUUAUUGUUUGGAUGAAAAGGAUAGUGGGUCUGAAGCAGUGGAAGGGGGCCGAAAUUCACCAAGUUUCUUCAUCCAAUUUCUUAUGCUGGUCGACUUGAUAUCGUAGACAUAACGUUGGGAUGUUCGUCGGUGGAGGGGGUGUUUCUUUUAUCUUGUGCUCUUCGAUGCUUGAUGUAUAUUGCAGUAGUGUUUGACGUUUGUUGCGCAAGGAGAGGGUAGAAAUUGAACAAUCAAUUAUUGUAUUCCAGUCAUUCCAAAAUAUAAACCAUUUGACAUGCAAUAAAAACACUAAUCACAU